AUGGCAGCCGAAGCUGGCCAUGUAGAGGCAGUUCGUUUUCUUCUAAGUCACGGUGCCAGAACGAACAGAAGUGCGUGUCCCGAGGUGACGGCGUUGGCUGCAGCGGCGCAGAAUGGGCACGUGGAGGUGAUUAAGUUGCUGCUACAGAACCAUGCUGAGAUCGAUGCGCAUGACGAUGAUUGGGACUCUGCAUUGCACGAAGCUGUCUAUGGUGGGCAGUUGGAGGCAGCCCGUGCACUGGUCGAAGCGGGUGCUAAUGUGAAUAAAAAAAAUCAAAGUGGUUGGACAUCGAUGAUGGCGGCAGCACAUCGGAAUUUCGGGGAUAUUGUCGAGUUACUGAUAUGGAAAGGAGCUGCUCUUAACAUGAAGACGAAUGACGGGCGUACUGCGCUGCAUAUUGCAUCAGAAGAGGGUCAUACAGAGGUGAUUCGCUUGUUACUCAGUCGCGGCUCCUUGGUGGACGCAGUAGAUCGGUUAGGACGUACACCGUUGAUGAUGGCGGCGUACCGUGGUCAUAAGGACACAGUGCAGCUUUUGCUGGAUAAUGGGGCUAGCUUGGUGCGAACGGACAAGAUGGACCAAACACCGCUUGAAGUUGCCUUAUCGAACAGUAAGAUCGAUGUCGCAACAUUGCUAGUUUACAACGAGCCUCAAUUUCGCAGACGAAGAGAGUCGUCAUCUGCGUCAGCAGAACGUCAAACGAAAAGGCGGCGUGCUGCUAAUGUAAGUCCGUAG